GAGAGAACUCGCGUCGUAAACACGCAUGUACGACGCACGCACGCACGUACGCACGCACGCACGCAUCACUCGCAUCACUCGCGCGUACGUAUAGUCACGGUUGAAGCAAAUGGAGUGGAUUGUGUGAGCGCUUUCUCCUUUAUCGUCCGCUGAAUGGAGGAAUGCUGCUGUGAGGAACCUACGGUGCUGCUCGGCUGCUAUCACGCUCCUCGGAUCUCCGCUGCUGUAAGGAUCGUCGUCGCGCGUCAUCGUCAUCAUCGGGCACAGUGGCCGACGGCGGGGAAAUAGAGCGACGGUUCGUCCCAUCUGUCUCUGCAUUUGGCUCGCUCGGCGCGGCGAACGGAAUUUCCGCGCGCCGGAUUUUACUCUCGCGUCGCGCGGAAUAGUAAACGGCGGCGCGACGCCGCGCGCGUUCGUGACGCGAGACGCGACGCGACGCGAAGCGACGCGGCGAGCGGCGGCGCGGUGAUCAGCGGUGACAGCCGCGGAUGGGUUAUGUCGGCAGUCGCCGUGUCCCCGACGUCCCCGCGCGUCCUCGUUCGCUUUCCAGAUGCACCGAGCGUUCCUCGGACGUCGCCGCCGCGAGCAAGCGCCUCGAGCCGAGCGAGCAGCGUCGGGCUGCCCGCGUCGCGCGCCUUCCGUCGGCGACCCUGUUGUCAAAAUCAGCUGCCAUUGCUGACUCUUCUGUUGUCUCACUCUCUGUUUUCGCUCGCGCUAUUCCAGCCGUCGUCGCGUCGGCGACGUCGUCGUCCCGUCGCUCGCGUACGCUUGCAACUCUGCGCGGACGUCUCCUGCGAUUUGUCCCUCUUCUCGCCCUUUCGCGGCCUCGCGAUACCCGUCGAUGAAUCAUAGAUUUUCUUUGUGUACGAUCGAUUUGUAGUCCAGAUACACAACGUUUGUCUAAAUUUGCCGCCGAUGAAUCUCGCAUUCUUCGGGACAAUUCACUUUUGUGUAAGACAAACGUUUGUGACACGCGUGAAACUUAACAAAGAAAUUCUCUGGAUUAACAAAGAAUUUUCUUAAAUUAAAACAUUAAUAUUUAUUUAAAAGCAAAUUUAUUUAUAUACAUAUAGUGUUUUACUGUUUUUUUUAUUUAUAUAGUAUUUGAAGAUAUGUUACAGGCUCGAGAGACUCAAGCCCUCGAUUUAUGUCCACAAAGCAGAGAGAAGGAAACGUCAAACCAGGGCACUUUUUGAAGUUAGUGUGAGAAGCAAGUGGUGGGUGGUGAAUUUAAGGACAAUAUAGAGAGCAAGGGUGAAAGAUACGUACGAAAGUGGUAAAUGCAGUGGUUGAGGGAACGAUGGACCCAUCGAUAUUUGUCACGUACACUCCUCAAACGAAUGGGGUUCCACUGGAGUCCAAGCUGGCUACCUACAUGAAUCGCCCGAGUCCUGGCAUAGGCUUGAGUACGAAUUCGGUGACCAAGCAUCUAUCCAAUCUUUCUCUGGACACGCAAAAGAAGGUAACUGCCAGUCCCGAAUUUGUGCCAGGAAGGGGCCUUACGGGCAGCAACAGCAGCUCGCCGAAUCUCUUUAACAACUCUUACACACAUUCGCAAGAGAAUGUAGGUGGUACUACCUACUUCUACUUCGGGAAUGCCAGCGGCGACACUGUUGUAGCCGAGGAUGGCACUGAGGCUAUUGGACCCGUGGCGACAGGGCAGAUUGGCUACGUCUAUCCGGGUACACCUUCGCAUUUACAAUCUGUGAAACCGGUGAAACCACCUUCGUCCAACAAUUCCUCCGCUCCCUCCAGUCCUCCCCCUCAGGCUGCCCCCAGCUUCUUUGUCGGCGAUGGCUUGCGAUUGGAAAUCCUGCAGAAAAACGGAUUGAUAUUGGCACAACCUGACAUAGUACGAUUUCCUGACUUACCUAACGAGGUUGAUAAUUAUCAUGAGUUAUGUCCCUUAGAACCAAUCCACAAACCUGCCUCGACGGUCCUUGGAUACCAAACUUCCACGUACAAAGCCACCAGUAUCAAAACUGGCACGCGAUACUGUUUACGUCGUAUUCACGAUUUUCGACUCGCCAACACGAAGUGCAUGGUACUGGUCGACAUGUGGAAGCGAUUGUCACAUACAAAUCUGGUUCAGCUGAGAGAAGUCUUUACCACUAAGGCGUUCGGUGAUCAUUCCAUGGUUUUUGUAUACGAUUAUCAUCCUGCCUCGGAGACGUUGCUAAACAAGCAUUUCGCUUCGACUGAGCUUAACGGUUACACCGACCCGUUCUCGUCGGAUCCCAACGCGCCAAGGCCUUAUAGUCAUACCAAGAACACUAUUCUAAGACAACAGCAUAGCAGCAUGCUACCGGAAAGUGUUAUUUGGAGCUACAUCAUUCAACUCACUGCCGCAUUUCGUGUUAUUCAUGCCGCUGGUUUGGCGUACAGGUGCUUAGAUCCCACUAAGGUACUACUUACAUCACGGACACGACUUCGUUUGAGUUGCGUCGCCAUUCCAGACGUGGUCACUCUAGAUGGGAACACCGCGAAUCCUCUCACCCUCAUCCCACAUUAUCAGCAGGAAGAUUUAGUAGCACUCGGCAAACUGGUCUUGGCACUAGCGUGUCGAAGUCUUAUCGCCGUCCACCGCGACAAUAUGUCAGCCUCCAUCGAACUGAUCACACGUUCCUACUCCACCGACCUUCGAAAUCUUAUCCUGUAUUUGCUGUCGAAUCAACCCCGUAAAAGUGUCACGGAUCUCAUGCCAAUGAUUGGCGCACGAUUUUAUACACAGUUGGAUGCCGCUCAGUUACGCUUGGAUGUUUUUGAAAAUGAACUUGCCAAGGAACUAGAAAAUGGACGUCUGUUUAAAUUGCUGGUUAAACUAGCAACUAUCAACGAAAGGCCGGAACUUAACAUGGAACCAACAUGGGCAGAGACGGGCGAUCGUUACAUGCUCAAAUUGUUUAGGGACUAUGUGUUUCAUCAAGUAACAGCUGAUGGAAGACCCUGGUUGGAUCUUGCGCACGUUGUAGCUUGCUUAAAUAAGCUCGAUUCGGGCUCGCAGGACAAGAUAUGCCUCAUGUCUCGGGACGAGCAAAGUGUUUUAGUGGUAAGUUACGCGGAGCUACGACAAUGUCUGGAAACGUCAUUUGGCGAACUGGUACAAUCUACAAAAGAUGCUGUUUAAGGAUGUGUCCUCGAUAGCGUAUACUCCGAACCAUAAAUGUGAUAUCAUCUCUAUCACUUAGCGGUACUAUCAUUUUACUCUUUAUCGCGAUACUGGAGAGUGAAAACUGUUGAAUUGUGUUUGGUGAUAUAAGAAAUAACGCGCAACUAAGUUUUUGUAUACAUGAUUUUGCUGGUCGAUUUCAAGUAGGUAUGAACGCAUAAAUGCGUUGCAUUUAGGAUAUAAGUCGUUAAAUUUUCGGGUCUUUAAGUCUUAAGGAUUUAUAGGAUCCUUAAAUCUUUGGGUUUUUGGAUUUUCCAGUUUAGAUCUUAUGAUCAUUAGACAUAGGAAUUCUCAUUUAUAUUGAUUGGCUUGUUCAAUCUUGGAUUUUAAAGUGUUAAAUUUUGUAAUCCUGGAUGCGAACUGAACCGUUGAAUUCUUGUGUCAAACGAUCCUUGGAUCUUUGGAGUUCUGAUCUCUUGGCAGUUUGAAGCGUGGAUUUUCAAAGGGUAUCAUGUGAUUUCGCGAAUCAGCGAGGAUUUGGAUUCGCUGUAAAGCCUAUUACGGUACUAUACAAAAUUGUACACAACUUAACAAUGCAGUAAGCUCGUAAGGAAUCUUAAGACAACACCUAAACACACUUGGUGUCUAGGAUAGAGAAACCUUAGUUUUUAGGAUAGCAUUAAUGGUAAGCAUUAAUUUUGAAAUAAAUGUUUAUUUUUGAAAGCAAUCCUAA